AGAAAUUGAUAGUUUGAGGUGUAAGGAAUGUAGCGAUCGGUUAAACUUGUUGGAAAGUGAAUAUCGUUGUUGGUGUUGUGGCGUUACACAGGCGGAGUCACUAGCAUCUGAAGUCAUCAACGAUCAGUGGCAGAAACGUGGUGUUUUGUGUAAAUACCAGCGGUUGUCCUGGCCGACUGCACAGCUAGCUUGCCAGACGAAAGACAGCUGCGUGAAACAACAACAUGGAUGCUAAACACUGACGAUCACAGUCAACUUCUGGAGGCUUCACAAAAGUUUGGGGACUUGGGACUCUCCCAUGUCAUCUGAAACUGGAGGCCGUUUUUGCGACGCAGCAGUGUACUUAGAGAUCAAGUAAAUGACAGAAAGACAAAGUAACUAAGAGGAAAAUCGAUUCAUUAACAAAUUUUGUACCUUUUUCGAUUUUUGUUUACAUUGAAGUUUAGUGAAAUUGCUACGCCGGCACAAUAUUGUGGACUUUCUGUAGUAUUUGCUCCAGACUAUUAUCAAUUUUAAAACAGUUACCUGCGCCCAAAUUGCCUUCUUCAACUCGUUGGGAAAAUACUAGGAGAAGUAUUCAGGUCAGAAAUCGAACAUCGAUUGAUUUACUUGGAGUGUGUGUCAUGUUCAACAUGUUAAGUGCUGUAUAGAUUGAGAUAUUGCAAACAAAUGAACCCAUGAUGGCAGCAAGGAAUCCAAACACAAGUCACGGCAGACCCGUGCCUGCCCCCAGAGUUCGACCUGGGUCAGGAAAACCUAUCCCCCCACAAAAACCAGGACCAAAUGUGGCCGCAGUUUUAACUGGUCAGUUACAGGGUGCCAUAGGCCCAAACCAACAACACAUGUCAGACAUGAAGGCAAAGACAGUUCUGAAAGAAGCUGUAGAUGCAGUGGUGAACAGUUUUGCAAAGCAUACGCAUGGCUAUGGCAGAGUGAAUGUUGUGGAGGCGUUACAGGAGUUUUGGCAGAUGAAACAGGCACGUGGUGCGGACCUGAAGAACGGAGCAGUGGUGGUGUACGAAUCACAGCCCUCCACAUCACCCCCCUAUGUCUGCUUCGUUACUCUCCCCGGGGGAAGCUGCUUCGGCAGUUUUCAGAAUUGCACAACAAAAGCUGAGGCAAGACGUAGUGCCGCAAAGAUCGCUCUGAUGAAUUCAGUGUUUAAUGAACAUCCAUCCAGGAAGAUCACUGAGGACUUCAUUCAGAAGGCUGUCACAGAUGCCCUCUCCUCAUUCAAGGGGCGUGUUGAGGAUGCUCACAACCCUAGCACUGGUAUUGGAGCAUUCAAGUUCAUGCUGGAGUCUAACCACUCACGCACCAUGCUGGAGUUCCAGGAACUGAUGACCGUCUUCCAGCUGCUACACUGGAAUGGCAGCCUCAAGGCCAUGAGGGACAGGAACUGUUCACGACAGGAGGUGCUGCUUCAUUACUCCAACAGGGCACUAGACGAUGACAUGCGUUCACAGAUGGCGCUGGAUUGGAUUGCACGCGAGCAGGAAAACCCGGACAUCAUCAGCCAGGAAUUGAAAAUUGCAGAACAGGAACUAGAGAGUGCCAGGCUUGCAGGGAGAGAACUCCGUUUCCCUAAAGAGAAGAGAGACAUUCUGAACUUAGCCAUGAGUCAGAUUGGACCAGCUGAGAGUAUAGCUUAGAGGUUUUACAUGUCAAAACUAGGAGCCACAUGCUGGCAGAGAGCUGUACAUGCAACAGAAUUACAAACUGCAGCAUUAGCAAGCCCUGUGUUAAACAGUACUGUGCUAUGCAUUUACUGAAUUAGUGGCAGUGGUGAGUAAAGGUGCUCAGCUAUUGUCCAAUCCCUGCUGGCAGGAUACGAAGGCUGACUGAAUAUCAGACACAAGUAGUGACCAUUUGUCCAUAACCAACUGUUAUCAGCUUUGCCUUAGUUUGCAUGUUAUACACAUCAGUGUUUGUGUAGAAAACUAAUAACGUUGGUUAACUAUUACAUGUCUUUUUCUGUUGGAUCUGACAAAACACAUUGAUUUGGAACAUAUUUGUGUUUUAACAUGCUGCCUGUACAGGUGAGAAGAGAUGCUUUGUGAAACCUCUGAGGGCUCCAUGUAAUGUGGUAUCCAGACUUAUCCUCAUGUAGCUCCAUCGGAAUGACACUUCAUGUGCAGUAUUAUAUCAUUUAGAGCCUGGGAACAGAUCUUGGGCAA